AUGGUGUCGGAAGAAAUCAAGUGGUUUUUACAGACGGAGAACAAGUUGCAAACCGUGCAUGAACUCAAACUGAGCAACUCCACAUUUACCACGUCGGUAACAAGGGGAGAUAAGGAAAACCACUCUGGUUUUACCGGUCCUCCUAUUAAAGGCGAAGUAGGGGAUACAAUUUUGUUUGAAUUUAAUAAUAAAGCUUCCAGAGAAUACUCAUUUUUGGCCGGAGGUGUGUCAAUGUCCAAGGAAAAUGAAGGGGCCGUGUAUAAACAAAGUGUUGGAGCAACAACGUCAAGUGGAGCAACCGUUGAACCAGGAGCGACCUACAGGUAUGAAUUCUUUGUUUCCUCGAUUAAUGCUCCGACAAAGAUCGACUCCAGCUGCCUGACAUACAUCUAUCGCUCCGCUGUAGACUUAGAAAACGAUUUCUACAGUGGCAUGUUAGGCCCCAUGCUUAAAUGUAAACGAGGAAAGCUCAACAGGGCUGGCAGACAGAGACGCGUUGACAGAGAGUUCUUCUUAAACUUUCUCGUAGUUAAUGAAAACCUGUCCAUAUUAUCUGACCGAGAACAUCAACAUGUUUGCGACCUCCCCCGCAACUGUCGAUCCUGA